CUAAUUUGUAACCUUGGUAUAUUUUAAUAUAUAUACACCUGUAUAAGUGACUAUGAUCGGCCGAACUUCGGAAGGAAUAGAAUCGUCCCGAUUGUCGUAUUCAAUAGAUAGCCUUUAGCAAAUGUCAAAGGUGUCUUGUUCAACCCCGAGCUUACAUUAUACUUAAUCAGGACAUUCCGACCGCUUAUAUUCAGGACGUCUCGAACGGCUAGGUUCUGGCUCAAGACUUAAGUAGUAACUGAGAAUAGUAGAUCCACCUUCACCAUGGAUACGCCACGACCAAGAGGCAUCGUGGUUUUUGGGGGCGGAACGGCAACUAACAACCUAGUUGACGUAUUCGAGGACAUUAGAGAGAGCCGUAACUGCUCGCUCAGCUACGUAAUACCCAUUAGCGACAAUGGAGGAAGCUCGUCGGAGUUGAUUCGUGUGUUCGGUGGUCCCGGUAUCGGUGAUGUCCGGAGUCGGUUAGUGCGUCUCAUCCCCGGCUCAGACACGGAUGCCGAACGGGCAUCUAUCAAGGGGCUAUUCAACCACAGACUGUCGCCAGAUCCGCUACAGGCGCGGUUGCAGUGGCUUGAUAUUGUCGAGGGGAGAGACGAGCUCUGGACUAACAUCUCAAGUGAGAAACGCGAGCUUAUCCGCUCCGUCUUCAACCACGUCAAUCUAGAAAUAGUCAAGAGAGCCCGGCCCAGUUCAGUCUUCAGCUUUGCUAAGGCUAGUAUCGGCAACCUAUUCUUGACUGGGGCAAGAGUCUUCACGGGCUCUCUCGAAUCAGCUAUCUACCUUCUUUCGACCAUCUGCUGCAUUUCGCCGACAGUUUCGGCUCUACCGGCCAUCAACACCAAUUUCACCCAUCACAUCUCGGCGGGCCUCGCCAACGGCGUCCAGAUCACGGGGCAGAACUCUAUAUCGCACCCAUCGGCGCCCACGUCGCUGCCGCCCGAUGAUGAUCUUCUCGGCAGCGGCAACGUCGGCACCUCGUCGAUGCAGCAGCAUCUGCGGGAAUUGGAAGAGCACGACCGGAUCGAGGAUGCGACACUGCCGGGGUCGCUGCCGACGUUGCGCAAGCGGUACAUCGACUUCAGCAAGGCCGAUGAGGAAGACCUGCCGGCGCGUAUCGAGCGGAUCUGGUACAUCAACCCGUACGGGCACGAGAUAUGGCCGCUCGCGAAUCCCAAGGUGCUCGAGGCCAUCGGCCGCGCCGGCGCCGUCAUCUACAGCAUCGGCAGCUUGUACACGUCCAUCGUGCCGAGCCUCGUGCUUCGUGGGGUCGGCGAGGCCCUCGCCAAAUCUGGCGCGAGGUACAAGGUGCUGAUCUUGAACUCGACGGUCGAUCGCGAGACGGGGCCGAGCUCUUCGCCGCUGACGGCGACCGACUUCGUCAAGGCGAUCGCGCGGGCGGCCGCCGAGAGCCAGGGCGACUUUGCCGUCGACGAGCGACGCAAGGGCGAGGCGAGGAAGUAUGUUACGCACCUGAUCUACCUCGAGGGCGAAGGGGCGCCCAAGGUGAACAAGGACGAACUCGCGGCGCUAGGUGUAGACUGCAUCAGGGCUUACGGACGGCGAGUAGAGGGCAUGCUGAGGUACGACGAAGCUGGCUUAACAAGGGCCCUGGAGGCGGUUAUUGGCAAGGCGGAGAUGCUGAGAAGUCGCAGAAAUACCAGUGGUCAAUGAAGCUGCCUAUGUAUUAUUAUAAGGUGUCGGGAUUAACUUGGGACGAUAGCCGUAAUAUAUAUAAACUAAAGUCGGCCACAACAUGAAUCUCUUGCAGAUGGGUGAGUUGCUUUUCAUACUAGACCAAUUAAUACGGCUUAAUGAGUAUAAUUAGGGGUAUAUAGUAAUAGGAGGAGGGAAGUGUCAUCAGAUCAUAUCUUUCUUUUCUUUCUUUUGAAAUUUAAUAUCGUA